CAGUCCUUGCAAUAUUUGAGGUCACUUAUUUCCCAGCAAAUUAUGAAAUACAUUCUUUGUCUUAAACAUGGAUUUUAUAUUUCUAUCAGACUAUUAUUACCCACCAAUCCAUCGAAUAAUCGGUUUCAUCAAAAGCAACGUUCGUUUUUAUUUAAUCAGACAUAUCAGAGUGUAGCCAGUAUGCGCAUUGUAAUCUUCCUUUUCGCAUUGAGCUGCGCAGCCGCCACCGAAUACCAGGAUUGUGGGUCUGCCGCCUCGAACGUAGUGCUGGGUAUCCCUAACUGCGAUGUCCCGCCUUGCAUUUUCCAACGUGGCGACUCCUUCAACGUGACGCUUGACUUCUACCCGAAGAAUGAUGGCACCCGCCUCACUGCCAGCAUCACGGCCCUGAUUGGCCCAGUCGAUGUGCCGUGGCCAGGUUUCGACACGGACGCUUGUCGGCAUUUAUCUUCGAGCAAAUGUCCCUUCACGGCAUCAACACAACUCCACUGGGGGUAUGAAGUGGAGGUCCUUAAAGCCUAUCCUGCCAUUAGCACGAUCGUGACGUUCAAGAUGCUGAACGAGGAUAUUUCCUUCACGGAAGUCUGUGUCAAGGUUCCCGUCCAUCUUGUUUGAAUUCCGCAUCGGUUGGCUGGCUGAAUUCUAGAUCAAAAGUCUGCCCUGCACUUAAGAAGAGCACAUACAAAGUUAUACAUUUAUGUAUUUGUCUAUUAUAAUUGGCUAUACAUUUAUGUAUUUGUCUAUUAUAAUUGGCUAUACAUUUAUGUAUUUGUCUAUUAUAAUUGGCUAUACAUUUAUGUAUUUGUCUAUUACCAAAUUUCAAAUGCCACUUUAUAGGAAUGUUGUUGCCAUCACUAAAUGAUGUCGGGCUUCUCGAUUCGUGCUCCUCGUCAAUAAAGGGUUUAGUUUGAGGACAUCUUUCAAAUUUAUAGGCAGUUUUUAUAAAAUCGCAUAUAAUAUUACAUACCAUGCUUUAUUUAGUCUUAUUUCCAAAGUUUAUAACGCUUCACGCAAUAGAUUUUGUUGCCAAAUAAAAAUUUUCACGAGCAAAAAAUUCUUAAACAUCACUUUCCUGAUUUGAAUAAUUUUGAACACCUGCACCUUUAAGUUCUUAAAGGUGCAGGUCUUCCAAAUACUUCUCAAGGGAAUUAGUUUACGAUGUGAGCAAUUAUUUUAGCAUAAUUAUUUACUUAUACAUAAACGGAUAUGUGGCAACAAGCAUUCGUGCAUGGCAC